AUGCGGGUAUCAUUCCCAGAAAUGUUGUCUCCAUAUUUCUUCCACCGUAGCUCGCGUCCCCUUCACUCAUUCCACUUGCUUCCUGCCUUCCUGCCCCAUCCUAUUCCUCCCCACAGCACCCUGGACAGCCAGAAGCUGUCGGGCAUUCUGCAUGCUGACAUCACCAAGCUCACGGCACUCACUUUCAUUCUGUUUGACUUCAACUGUGGCAUGUCCUACAACUACCUCACCUACCGCGUGCCGCCUCUUGCCGCGGGGCUCCUGUACAUCGACGUGGGCUUUAAUCUCCUCUCGGGGCCCUUCCCCGUCAACACCGCCACAUCUUGCGGCGCCAGCAACAACUGCUUCCAGAACGUCACCACGGGCACGGCGCAGCGCAGCACAGGGUGCAAAUUCUGCAACUCGGCCACGGGGCAGGGCAUGCUGUGCUACGGCAGUGGCGUCUGCACCGUCGAUGCAUCCGCGCCCUUCAACGCCGGGACGCCCAACGCUGUGGGCGCUGCCACGCUGCCCCUGGCUUGCGUCAGGAAGUGCCGGGUGCACAGGGGGGGUUCUGCUGCCACUGGCACACAUACGCUGUUGCUCUGUCGGCCUGCAACAGCUGUUGCUCUGUCGGCCUGCAACAGCUGUUGCUCUGUCGGCCUGCAACAGCUGUUGCUCUGUCGGCCUGCAACAGCUGUUGCUCUGUCGGCCUGCUACAGCUGUUGCUCUGUCGGCCUGCUACAGCUGUUGCUCUAUCGCCUGCUACAGCUGUUGCUCUGUCAGCCUGCUACAGCUGUUGCUCUGUCGGCCUGCUACUUGCUCUGA